AUGCCAAGGGUGUUGAGGUGGUCAAUCCAUCAUCAGACCUUCAAGGUUUGCAAUGCCAGGCCGUGGAUGAAUGCGCUCGAGCACCCCUGUGGUGUCAAGUGGGUGCCCAAACGGUUUACUUUCUACUUUGCGAUCUUGCCACUACUUCUCUUUGCUUUGUUUGAAUUAGUUUUUCUUCCUACCAGAUGCAUAGUUUGCAAUAGGCAUCAAGUUCAAUUAGUGUAA